CAUUCGAAAACGUCAUGUGACUGUCAAACCUGUCAAACACUCUCCGCCAUUUAACUUUUGGACAAGUCGAUUGCAUCGCCAGCGAAGACGAAUAAUUUCUUUCGCAAUUUUCAUUAAAAGCUUCUCAUUCCAAAAUCAUCCCUGAAAAUGAGUAAACAAAUGAAUCGGUUGAUCUCCACCAAUUUCAGGAAAUGGUGCUAUAACCUCACCGGAUUUAAUCAAUAUGGAUUACGGAGAGAUGAUUGUCUAGCUGAGAAUGAGGAUGUAAAAGAAGCGCUAAAACGCCUUCCUCAGCAUAUCGUAGAUGAACGUAAUUUUCGUAUAGUGAGAGCCAUGCUGUUGGAUACUAAUAAGCGGCUCCUACCUAAAGAACAGUGGACUAAAUUUGAAGAAGAUGUACCGUAUCUCCAACCAAUCGUUGAGGAAGUCAAGAAAGAACGUGAAGAAAGAGAAAAGUGGAACUCGGAGUAAGAUGUAAACAUGAUGCAACAGUUAUUAGUAAAUGUAACAAAAGUUUACUUACAUUCUCUAAUGCACACUUUGUGCGGUGAAGAAUUAUGGUCUGUACAUAUAUAUUUAAGAUAAAUAGAUAUUAAAUAAAUAU